AUGGCUGUUGUUUUGCGUUAUGUUAACAAAGAUGGAAUUAUUGUUGAACGAAUUCGAGGACAAGGUUAUGAUGGUGCGAGUAACAUGCAAGGAAAGAUUUCUGGUCUUAAGAGUUUGAUAUUAAAGGAAAGUCCAUGUGCAUUUUAUGUACAUUGUUUUGCUCAUCAAUUGCAACUUACAUUAGUUGCUAUUUCUAAAGAUCACCUUCAAGUUUGCUCUCUUUUUAGCUUAACAUCCACUUUAUUAAAUGUUAUUGGGGGAUCUUGCAAAAGGAAUGACAUGCUACAUGAAAGACAAAUGAUUAAGGUUCAAGAUGCUUUGGAAAAUGGAGAAAUUGUUAGUGGAAAAGGUUUGAAUCAAGAAACUAGUCUGAAGCGACCUGCUGAUACUCAUUGGAGCUCUCACUAUGCCACUUUGGUGAAUUUGAUAUUGAUGUAUAGUUCCACUACAAGUGUUCUUGAAACUUUGAAAGAUGAUGUAUCCGCUAAAUAUGCAAGAGGCGAAGCAAAUGAUCUUUUACUUUUAAUGGAUAAUUUUAAUUUUGCACUCACUUUGCAUUUGAUGAAAAAUGUCUUAGGUAUUUCAAAUGAGUUGUCGCAAGCAUUGCAAAAGAAAAAUCAAUACAUCGUCAGUGCCAUGAACUUGGUUAACAUCACAAAGAAAAGAUUACAAAAUCUAAGAGAUGAUGGGUGGGAACCUUUAUUGGAAGAGGUGAGUUUAUUUUGCAUUGAACAUGAUAUUGACAUUCCGAAUAUGGAUGAUAUAUUCUUUCGUGGUAAAUCAAAAUGUGGAAGUGAUUCUCAUUCUAUCACAAUAAGGAAUCACUAUCGCAUUGAAUUAUUUUAUAUUGUUCGGGACAUGCAGCUUCAAGAACUUAACAAUCGUUUUAAUGAGACAAAUAGUCGAUUGCUCAUUUGUAUGGUUUGUUUGUGUCCAAGUAACUUGUUCUUUACUUUUGACAAGGCAAAAUUGAUGGAAUUUGCAAAGUUUUAUUCAAGUGAAUUUUGUCCGACUAGUUUGGUGAUGCUUGAUAAUCAAUUUGAGACUUACAUAAUUGAUAUGCGUAUGAGUGCUGAAUUUGCAUCUUUGAAAGGAAUAAAUGAUCUUUCGAAAAAGUUGGUUGCAACUAAAAGGCAUAUUGUUUAUCCAUUACUUUAUAAGCUUUUGAAGUUAGCAUUGAUUUUACCUGUCGCCACAGCAACUGUUGAACGAUCCUUUUUUGCUAUGAAGAUUUUGAAGACUAGAUUGCGUAACCGAAUAGGAGAUGAGUUGAUGAACAAUUGUCUUGUAACUUAUAUUGAGAAAGAUGUGUUCUCUAAAAUUGAUAAUGAGUUGAUUAUUCAACGGUUUCAAAACUUGAGACCGCGUAGAGGACAAUUAUAG